AUGGUGAACACGGCCCCACCCACAACGACGACGACUCACCAACACCCUCCCGAACGGCUGCAACGGCCCACCAACUGCACGAGCAGAUUCAAUUGUGCAACGAUGGCUCAGGUGAUUGCGGCUCAAGUCAUAAUUCCGGUGUGGUUAACAAAGAAGCUGCCAUCGUUUCUAGGCGUGUUGGUGACGCCAAGGAUCGGGUUCAAAUGGAGUUUGAUGGCCGAACUGGGGAUACCAACAGUGACUUAUCAGCCUACGUACAUAUUAGUAGUUGUUUGA